AUGCGUCUUUUGGGUGAUACCUCCCAACCCAACAUAUCUGUUUCGCCAACUCAGGCUAUCGCAGGUGGUUCAGCCAGGUCAACCUCUGCUAUCAGCUUCAAUCUUUCCGUUCGCUCCGAUCAGAGUUGGUCGUCACCCCUAGCAACUGCGACGCCACGUCGCACCUCAUUGACACGUUGGGGUACCUACUCAUCCACCUCGCCCUCCACCAUGACUGUUCCGUUGCAGUACCAACUUUCUCCCUCCCUCAGUUCUAGCAGUUGCUUGGAUAUUGGCAAAAACUUUGCCAGGAGCAUCAAUUCAACUUCCAGUGAUCGCAAAGAUAGUGCUCUUGGUGGUAACGGCUUUUCAUCCAUUGGAAGUGAUGACGAUGGUGGAUUUGAGAGGUUGAUGUGUCGUGGCCAAAAGGUUGCCACUGCGCCAGAGAAAAACGCCUCUGAAUACUGGAAAACUAACAAUGUGACCGACCUCGACUUGGACCGAUGGACAGUGGACAUUCGCAGGUGGUUGCAUGGUACCAUUCUUCGUCGUGUAGUUGAUGAAAUUGCCUCAGUGAAUGCGAAAAUAUCAAAACUUUCAGAUGACGCCGUACUCAUUGGAUCAACCACGCUGAAUACACUUGAACAGUUAGCAAAGGGACGGUAUCAGCAUAUUGUCACCCUUCCAACGCUUAUUCGGUUCCUGGAGCUUACUAAGGAGCAGAGCUAUCUAGUCUUUCGGUUACAAGAGCUGGCUCGAGGGAGCUGCCUUGGCGAAUUUAGAUGGGACUCUGGUUCUCGAAGUACUGUCUCUCCAUGGAAGGACUAUCUACCCAAUGAUACGAUGGCAAGUGCUAAUAUCUAUCACUUUCUAUGCAAAAUUCUUCUACAUCUCUUCUCUACCUAUAUGGAUAGCCUUCUUCCUCCCCACGCAAAAUGCCUCUCAGGCGGCGUUUUUGGACAACUGCACCUUGUUCGUAGCCCUGAUAAGCCUGAUCUGAAGUCCAAGUAUAACGCUCAAAUCUACGUAGCCGCAGUUCAGCCACCAUCGAUCAAGGUUGUCAUUGAUGGGAUUAUCUACACAUUUCCACCGGGUCGGUACAACUUGUACCAUGCGCUGCUACUCUUUUUCCAUUUCUACAAAUGUUUGGACGGCACAAUACGAUCAAUCUCCUUGGGUCCUUCUGGUCUGAAUGUAGCCUGGAUCUUUGAAAAGCGGUAG